AUGACAGGUGUUCCUUGGAAAACAAUUGUGACCAUAUUCUUCAUUAUUGUAUUUUUAACCAGAGAAUCAGCCAAAAUUUUCAGAUUUGGAUUAUAUUCAUUACCAAAGGGAUACAUAACAAAGUUGGAUCGUAUCCAUCAAAAAUAUGUUGAAUUUCAAAAGAAAAAAGACUGUGAUGGUGAUGAAUCUUUGCUUGGCAAAUCCCUCGCUAUUAACUUUGGAUGGAAAGCUGGUAUAAUUAGAAGACUAUUGCUAUUAAAUACAUUUACAGAUUGUUUAGCCUAUUCAAACUAUUACCCUGAUGCUAAAACUAAAAAUUGUUUAAUUGGCUUGAAUUUGAUUGAUAGAGAAAAAUAUUCAAAAUUAAGAACAAAUUUGUUAACUAAUGCUGGUCUCCACGAGUCUCAAAAGAGAAUUAUUGGUAUUUUUCACCCUUACUGCAACGCAGGCGGUGGCGGUGAGAAAGUUUUAUGGAAAAUUAUAGAGCACAUCCAAACAAAAUAUCCUCAAUAUAUUAUUGCUGUAUAUACUGGUGAUUUGGAUGUUAAGCCAACAGAAAUUAUUGAAAAAGUUUACGUUAAAUUUGGCUACAAAUUAAAUCCUAAAACUUUAACGUUUAUUUAUCUAACUUCAAGAAAAUAUGUCGAUGGGUCCUAUUGGAAACAUUUCACACUGCUAGGCCAAGCCUUAUCCAGCUUAUAUUUGUGCAUUGAGAGUUUAUAUAAAUUGCCACCAGAUAUAUUCAUUGAUACAAUGGGUUAUCCUUUCACCUAUUACAUAGUUAGAUUAUUCGCUAAUGUUCCAGUAGUUAGCUAUACUCACUAUCCAAUAAUUUCAGAUGACAUGUUGGAAGCUAACACUACUGGGCUGAUCAAAAAAUUUUAUUGGAAAAUAUUGAUGGGCUUAUAUAAAAACGUUGGUAACUAUGUUGAUAUCUCAAUAACUAAUAGUAGCUGGACCAAUAACCAUAUGAAUAAAAUCUGGUGCAGCACCAAUUCCGAAAAAAACCAUAUAAUAUACCCACCAUGUUCUACUGAGCUUUUAGUUGAAAAUUUGCAAAAAAAAAUGAAAUUUCCACCUGACCUCAAAUCUUGGAAGAAACAAAGAAAAUUUCAGGCCGUAGUCGUUGCUCAAUUUCGUCCAGAGAAAAGACACGAGUUAAUAAUUGAACAAUAUGCCGAAUAUUAUCAUGAUCUUAUGGACACUAAAACCAACACUCUUACUGGUAUCAAGACAUCAGAACCUUUGAGGUUAUUGUUUGCUGGAAGUACAAGAGAUAAAAGAGAUGAAGCCUAUGUCAAAUAUUUACGUGACAAAAUAAACAAUCUACGUAUUCCAUCCAAUUUAAUUGAGUUUAAAUGUAAUUUGUCAUAUCCACUAUUGCAGAAAGAAUUACAAGAAAGCAUGUUCGGGUUGAAUGCCAUGUGGAAUGAGCAUUUCGGUAUUGCUAUUGUUGAGUAUGUAGCUAAUGGGUGUAUACCCAUAGUUCAUGCUUCUGCAGGUCCGUUGCUCGAUAUUGUUAUUGACAAUUAUAAAAAUGGAAUAUUUUUUAUUGACCCAAGCGAUCCAGAUUAUAAUUUGAGAAAAGAUGUUCAAAAUUACAAAAAACUUGCUGAGGCUUUUCAAUAUAUUCAAGAAAAAUUUAAUACCAAUUCUGCUACAAUCGAAGAGUUAUGGACAAUUAGUAAUAAGGGGUAUGAACGCGUCCUAAAAAAGUUUGGUGAUGAAAAGUUUGAUUCAGAUUGGGAUAAAAAUGUAAUGGAACCUUUAGUAACUGAAUUGGAAAACAAGUACAGAAUGAAUAAAUUGAAGGAAAAUCCUGAAUUAAAAACGAUAUAG